ACGUGUUAUCAGGCAUGCGGCAUGACUGCAGUGCGUAAAGUGCGUCGGCAAUGUUGAUUACGUACAUUGCGCUGAUGUCUUCACCUGGUUCCCGAAUAACUCAAUCAAUGCAUGAAUAUGAUAUUCGAUUUACAAGGCUCGGAAAACUAAGCUGCGACGUAGGGCAGGGCAUAAACAUUGCAGUUGAAAUCCUUGGCACUAUCAACAACACCUCAACUUUCUACAUCAACACUCACGACGAUAUCAAGAACAAACAGCACAGUUUCUAAGGGAAAAUAUGGCAUCUAUCAACCAAAUAUUCUUGCUGUUAUACAUCUUUUCAUUAGUACCUUCGUCUUUUGUUCUGGCUGAACCAGCCCAGUACUGCCGCUAUGGCGAUCCCUCCCGCCCGAACGAGGACGUUGACUUCUGCAUGGCUGUUACAUCCCAGCAGAACGCAACGACGAGUGCUCACAAUGUAUAUAUCACCUUCACACAUACGCGCCGCCAAAUGUCUGCCACCGGCUGGACCGCGGUUGGAAUCGGAUACGAAAUGUCGGGAUCCUUGAUGUUCAUUGUCUACGGAGACCCAACAUCUGGUCAUGCUCCGAUUGUCAGUAUUCGAGCGUCAACCGGUCAUCAUCAACCGACCCUUGUGACUCGAGAUCAGCUGGGUGGCAGCGACCUACACGUUUUACAAUCUGCCUGGCUCCUGGGAAACGCGUCUGAGCCGAUCGGAACAGCGACAGCCAUUGUCUCGAUCUUGUGUACCUCUUGUACACUGUGGCCAGGCACAACACUAUCAGCGCAAUCUGAGUCACAGCCCUGGAUAUGGGCCUGGAAUAAGGACCAAAAAUUCGAGGUGUAUAGCUAUGAGGCGCACUUGAAAAUGCAUGCCCAUCAUGCCGGAAAUGGCGGCUGGGGUCGCUUCUACAUUGACAUGAGGCGUGCUGAAAGUGCGCCAGGCUAUCUCCCCUCCGUACCUGUCAUUCGGCCUGGAGUUGUUGUCUUGGGUGCCUCCGAAAACCCGAACAUCUUCGCAGGUAAUGGAAUCUCGAGUUGGCUUGCACACAAUCCCAUCAUCCACCUCCACGGCUCCUUGAUGGCCUUUGCUUUCCUCCUGCUAUUUCCCGCAGGCGUAUUCAGCAUGCGUUCUGGUUCAAGACGAGCCUUCAAGCAUCACUGGAUAAUUCAGGUAGUCGCAUCUGUUGUCACAGCGUGCGGAAUGGUGACAGGAGUAACGAUACAACACGAAAUCAACACAGCCCAUCAAAUCAUUGGUAUCGUUAUUUCAGGCAGCCUUGCUUUGCAAGCUUUUCUCGGUUAUCGACACCAUGUAGACUUCAUGCGCAUCAGAAGAAGGACGUGGAUAUCAUACACGCAUGUCUGGGUAGGAAGGCUCAUCCUAUCCGGCGGCUUCAUCAAUCUUAUUCUGGGUCUCCUGCUACGCGGCUACUCGAGAAUAUGGAUAUGGCUUACAGUUGCGGGCAUUAUUUUGGACUCCGCCACUCUCAUAAUCUGGAUCUGGCGCCAGAGGAGACAGGCUACGUCUAAUAUGCGUGUUGCUGAAUAUCAUGCUUUGGAAGAAGACGCUCGACAAUUUGCCGUUGCUGAUGAUGAUGAUGAUGAUGAUGAUGAUGAUGAUGAUGAUGAUGCAGGAUCUGACCACGAUGUAAUUAAUGCAGAUCCCGAUGAUAAUGAGAAAACAGAGGGGAAGGGAGCUUAUGUGCCCAGAGGUCAUUAGCUAUUGCACUGAAUCGUAAGAAAAACUCCUAUUGUGUGGUUGCGAGUGAUGAGAGCUUUACUAGACCUGGACACGAUAAACGCUCGCACUAUAUAGGCCCUUGUGAAUAGGUUUAAUGGUAGGCGUUAUAUCUCAUAAAUGAUUCAUUUUAGUAUAUUGAAC